UCAAUUCUCACAAGCCUUUUCCAUGUUUUCCAGUUGAUUUUGAAUUUAGAAGGAUUGCUUAUUUUGCAGUGUCUCAUAAACCUCCUUGUCGGUUUAUAAGCGUCUUGGCGUUGUACACAACACAUCAGCAUAUGCAGGAGUUUCAUGAAGCGUGCGAAUCUGUUCUUCUGCUCUUAUUCAGCGGACACUUUCUCCUCAUCACCACAAGAGGCUCCGCGGGCUGCGCGCUGGAGACGCGCUCUCAGCUGGAGACAGAAAGGGACUCUCAUCACUGCGCGGCGGCGGAGAGGAGCGCGGCGCAUCGCACAUUUGUCCCUCUCCAUCGCACCGCAUCCGUUCCCCUGGCUCACAUCGCGCCGCACUGAGGAUCGUACAGUUACAGAGGAACGGCACGAAUUACGCGGACCUCAGUGCGUAAAAUCCACAUCCGAGGCGGCUUUAUUUCGACUGCGCUUCAGGUCAUCCGCUGCUGAGGUCAACAUGAACUCACCUCCAAUUUUCCGACACAACGUGUGCGUCAAAUUCUCAACCCAGCGGGUCAAGUAGAGUGCCACGUGAAAGCAUUAAAACUCUACGACCCCCGGAUCUCACAUCAGUAACACGCUAAGAACACGCCAUUUGUGUUCAAAGAUACAUAGUUGGAAACAUAAAGGGUCCGUUCUGAAAAACUCUUGGAUUAUGCCUUGUUUCUCAAAAAAUGACAUGUUGACUGUUAAUAUAUGUUAACGUCGAGAAGAAUCUCAAUGGAAUCCCUGAGAACAACUUUCAUUGACUUGUGCUAUUUGAUGUUUGCAGUUUUGUUCGACAUCCGUUCAUCAUAAAACUCACUUCAGUCUGAAAUUGCUCUUGGUGAUGGUGGUGGUCUAAUUCAGAAACACAACAAAGCAGAAGUUCUGACCGCGCCGUCACCUGAUCGGCCUCAUCUUCAGUGGAAGCGUCUCUCGAAUGCCCUCUCCAAUUUGAGCGAAAUGAUAAGAAAUCCAUUGGAUUUAUAGAUUCGUCGAGCAGCAGAGGUCUCAUUUAUCUUCAAUCCCAGGAGCUUUCCUCCAGCUUGAGAAGAAAAACUUCAUCCCGAACACGUUUGUAACUUCUGCCCCAUGUUGAAUUGGAUUCGGUUUUGAAGAUGGCUCCUGGCUGGAGAGAUGGAGCGCGGGUUUUGACGGUCGCUCUGGGAAUUCUGCAGUGCUGUGGAUGGUUGUCUGGUCAGACCUUGAGGACUAGUGUGGGGAUGAAUGGAGAAGGUCCUGAGCAUUCGCCGAUGUCUCUUGAACGGGUGAAGAGAGGUUGGGUCUGGAAUCAGUUCUUCGUUGUGGAGGAAUACACCGGGACAGAGCCGCUUUACGUAGGAAAGAUCCACUCGGACUCGGAUGACGGCGACGGAUCUAUCAAGUACACCAUCUCUGGUGAGGGUGCAGGAACUAUCUUCAUCAUCGAUGAGGUCACCGGCGAUAUCCACGCCACAGAGAGACUGGACCGGGAGGAGAAGGCCUUCUACACUUUACGAGCUCAGGCGCGAGACCGGCAGAUGGACGCGCCGCUCGAACCCGAGUCAGAGUUCGUCAUCAAAGUCCAAGACAUCAAUGACAGCGAGCCCAAGUUUCUAGAAGGGCCGUAUAUCGGAAGUGUGGCUGAACUCUCUCCUAUCGGCAGUUCAGUGAUGAAGGUUAUGGCCUCGGAUGCAGAUGACCCGACGUACGGAAGCAGCGCCCGGAUAGUUUACAGCGUUCUGGACGGAGAGAGAUUCUUCAGUGUUGACCGUCAAACUGGAGUGAUCCGGACAGCCGUGGCGGAUCUCGACCGUGAGACUCAAGACCGUUAUGAGCUGGUUGUCAAGGCAACAGAUAUGGCAGGCCAAAUGGGUGGUCUUUCUGGCUCUACCACGGUGACCAUAGUGAUUACGGAUGUUAAUGACAACCCUCCACGCUUCCCUCAAAAGAUGUACCAGUUUUCGGUGUCAGAAGGGGCGGCGGUCGAGACAGCGGUGGGUCGAGUGAUCGCCACAGAUGCCGACAUGGGUGAGAACACAGACAUGAGUUACCUGAUCAAAGAUGAGGAAGGAGGAGAACUCUUCAAAGUCUCCACGGACGGCGACACACAAGAGGCCGUGAUCACCAUCAAAAAGCCUCUAGACUUCGAGAGCAAGCGCUCACAUAACGUAGUCGUCGAGGCGGUAAAUAAACACGUGGACCCUCGUUUCGUGGACAUGGGGUCCUUCCGGGACCAGACCAUAGUGAGAGUGAGUGUGUCGGAUGUGGAUGAAGCCCCCAUCUUCAUCCCCUCCUCUGAUACCAUCAUGGAAGUUCAGGAAGAUGCCCGGUUGGGAGCUCUGGUUGGGAUCGUAACCGCGAGAGAUCCGGAUAUGGAUAAUGUCCCCGUCAGGUUCUCUAUAGAUCGAAACACAGACCAGGAGCAGAUCUUUAACAUCGACCCUGUAACCGGUGCCAUUACUCUGGGAAAGAUCCUGGACCGGGAGACGGCCGGCUGGCACAACAUCACCGUCACAGCCAUGGAAGCAGAUAACACGUCCAUGGCCUCUCAGACCGCUGUAAGCAUCCGGAUACUGGAUGUCAAUGACAAUCCUCCCGAGCUGGCGACUCCGUACGAGGCGUCUAUCUGCGAGGAUGCCAAACCCGGCCAGCUCAUUCACACCAUCAGCGUCGUGGACAGGGACGAGCCGCAGUCCGGACAUCGGUUUUAUUUCACGCUGGCGCCCGAGGCCUCCAACAACCGCCAUUUUACCCUGUGGGACAUUAAAGACAACACGGCCGGCAUUAGGACCCAGCGCUCCGGGUUUAACCGUCAGGAGCAGAACGUUUACCUGUUACCCAUCCUGGUGGUGGACAGCGGCCCGCCCGCCCUCAGCAGCACCGGGACGCUCACUAUACAAGUGUGCGGGUGCGAUACGGACGGAGCCAUCCAAUCCUGCAACACCACGGCUUACGUCAUGUCCGCCGCGCUCAGUCCCGGUGCUCUCAUCGCCCUGCUGGUCUGCAUCCUCAUUCUCAUCGUGCUGGUUCUGCUCAUCUUGACCCUGAAGCGUCACAGGAAGGGCCAGCGGAUGUCCGAGGACGAGGAGGACAUGCGUGACAACGUCAUCAAAUACAACGACGAGGGCGGAGGUGAACAGGACACGCAAGCGUACGACAUGAGCGCCUUACGCAGCCUUUACGACUUCCCAGAGGUCAAGAACUCCGACUCGGGCCCGGACCUUCGCUCCGUCCCCCAGUGGAUCCAGAACAGGGUGAGCGGAGACGGAGGGCCCGCCGACUUCUCGCUCUUCAACGGAUACAUACGCAAGAAGGUGGAGCAGGCGGACGCGGACCUGUCGGUGCCGCCCUACGACUCCUUCCAGACUUACGCUUUCGAGGGCACCAGCUCGCCGGCCCUCUCGCUCAGUUCCAUCCGCACGCUGUCCACCACCUCCGAACAGGACUUCUCUUAUCUCAGUGACUGGGGUCCGCGCUUCAGACAGCUGGCUGGUUACUACGCCCCCGCCCAGCCUGAGGAAGAGGGGUCCUAGCACCCUCCUAGUUUCCCGACCUGUCGCUUUUCCUCCCGUUUUUACCCAACUUCGGGGCCCUCGGGGGGGCCGUUCUUGCCCACAGCAACGCAGAGACAUUUUGUUGGAACGCUGUGAGUCCGGAGAGUUUUAAUGUCACCCGAAACUCUUUAUAAAGUGACUUCUUGUUGUGUAGAAAAGUUCAUGAGGCGAGCGGAGACGGGCAGAGGCGCUGGGCAAACCUCCAACGUUCUCUCACCUGUCAGCGAGCGGCGCCGUGCCAUAUGCACCCGAGCAAACACUCACUGUUUCCUUAUUCAAACUUUCCUGUGCUUCACCAUCUGUGGAGACUUCAACUGGCAAAAGAAUGAAUAUCACGGAAAGAGACUUUUUUAAAAUACCAACAACAAAAACAAAAGCCUAAAUAUGUAUUUAUUUAAAGAAAAAACAACAAACAAACUAAGAAAGGAAAACGAUAUUUAUGUAUUUAUUGCUUUCUAUUUAUUUAUUUAUUCAUCCUGGCACUAAAAAAGAAAUCCAAACGGACGGGACUUUUGAUGAUAUUGAAGACGUCGGGGUGACAGAUGAACACUUCUGUAUGUUCUGUCGUUGAGUGAAAAAUGAAGAGUUGGGCGGAAGUUUACAAACUAAUGGUGACACCUUCAAGUAAUCCAGUCUUGAAGAUAUUUGUAUUUAUUUUUUAGCGACUCCUUUUGUAAAAUACAAACCAAAACGGGCAGAGAUGAGUGACGGCUGUAGGGUUGAGUCUCACGAAGACAUGUCCAGGUCACAUUUCACCCAAAAAUGAAAAUGAAAAGAAGUAAAUGUUAUUUUGCUUGAGAAAAUGAAGACUGUUCUCAGAGGGCAAGAACUUUUUCAUAUCAUUAAUUAAGCAGCACAUGAAACUGUAAAGUUGUCUUAAAUUGGUUUUCAUCAAAUCAAAGAUGCUCAGUAGAUUCUCAGGACUGUAACAGUUAUUUUCAACUAUAGUGGAGUAAAAUGUAACAACAAAUUACAGUCACUACAAGAAUAUCAGUUAUUAGCAUUUUUAAAUCACAUGACAUUUUUCAGUAAUAAAAAGUUAGAAAACGUGCUUAAUUGUCAUUAAAAUGUAAUGUGUGAAAAACAAUAUUUUUAUUUUAGGGUGAAAUGUUCUUGACAUGCUUCGUGAGUAUUGGUUUUGUCUUGUCAUACAUUUUGUGUAUUGUGUUGCUUUUUUACUAAUGAACACUUGUUCUUUGUUGCGUUUGGCUUUUAAUUUUUCCUUUGGCGAACGAUUUCAAGGGAGACACAGCGGUGCACAAAACACAAUAAGAAACAAAAGAGCCCGUCUGUUCUUGAAUCAGUUGUUUUAUUGAUAUUUCGAGCUCUUUAUGUUCAUUGAGUGUGUGUGUGUGUGUGUGUGUGUGUUUGCAGAACAUCUCCAGUUUCCUUUCAUUGGAUUAUUUGAGUUUUUUCUGUGUUGGUUUGGGCUGAUAUACUGCAGUGAUUGUUUUCAGAUGGGUGUCGUGGUCAGUUUUUUUCCUUGAACCAGCACCCUUAAAUAUCAACCCAAAAAAUGCAGAUGUAUGGCUUAUAACAAUAAAUAUUUACG